CCGCGCUGUCGAUUGUACACGUCGCCUCUUCACUGCAUCCACCUAUACAGUCCUGAAGUUCGUCCGGAACUAAUCCCAGAACUCGCCAGUGCUUUAUCGGAAAACUGGAUCGAAUUUAUCUGUGCUGUGGUAACACUGUGAGCGAGUGAAGUGCAAGUGUUUGCUCCAGUCGCGUUUGUGAUCUUUAACUUUUUGUGAGCUUGUACCUCCGGUGUAACCGGGGGUGUAAACGAGCAAUCAAAAUAGCCAAAGUGUCUCCCAUAAAGUUGUCGGCUAUGGACAGCAACUCGGUGUCACCGAUGCCGGAGCUGGCCCCGAUAGCUGAGUUUGAUAAGUCGCCUCCUUCGCCUCCUAACGAGGAGGUGCCUAUGGAUGACCUUCCGCCUCCUCCUGCCACCAUCUCUCAAUCGGAAGGCAAGAAAAUUAAAGUUCAACGCACCCGUUCGUAUGAAUCGGACGACCAUGAAAGAGGGGCCUGCGAGUGGUGCGAAUAUGCGCUGGUCAUUACGCUGGCCACCAUCUUGCUCAUCGGCGUGUCCGCCCUCACCAUCUUCUGGGUGUUCUACUACCGCGGCGGUUAUGCUUGGGCGGACGAGAACCCUGCCAAGCAGUUCAAUUUGCAUCCAACACUUAUGGUGGGCGGAUUCAUCACCUUCAGUGGAUUUUCGGUGUUGCUGUACCGUAUCUGCCGAUGCUUCAGACGCAUCUACGUGAAGCUGUUGCACGCGAUCUUCCAUGCGUUAGCCUUCCCCUGCAUCGUGAUUGGAUUCCUCGCCGUGUUCGAUUACCACAACAAAUCCGGGAUCAACAAUUUUUACUCGCUACACAGCUGGAUUGGCUUGGUUGCUAUGGGACUGUUUGGAAUUCAGUACGCAGUCGGCUUCUUCAGUUUUCUCCUACUGUUGAUCUGCAACAAAGGCACAGCUAAUUUCCGUGCUUCUCUGGUCCCGGUGCACGCUGCCUUUGGUAUUCUGACCUUCGUGCUUGGUGUUGCGGCCUGCCUCACUGGCCUUACAGAGAAGGCGCUCUUCGAUAUUGGGGCAGAGAAAUACUCGUCGAUGACCGAGGAGUCCAUCGUGGUGAACGCCAUUGGCAUGUCGAUUGUGGCCGUCGCUGUGGUGGUGAUGUUCACGGUCCGCGGGACCGGCGGCUACCGUCUACGCAAGGUCGCUGCCCAGCACCCGAGCUAAACUUUUAACAGUCAACGACUUCACCAUAGCAAUAACAGUUCGAUGACAAACCAGGCUCGUAUUUUAUCAAAUUAGGUAUUAUUUUACAAAAGUCCAUUUCACUGUUUAAUGCAUUUAUAUUAUUUUGUUUGAGUCGCGAUUUCAUCGCUGAACAGUCAACAGUAGGCUUCCAAGCUAAAUCCAAACUCUAUUCAAUACUUGAUAAUGCCUCGUUCUGAGGCUGUGUCGCAAUAUGGGUGUCAACUCAAUAAUGGUCGGAAUUUAAUUGCUAUUAGAGAAUGUCAUAACGGAAGUCAAGCUACCGCAUUCAAUAUUUGUGAUCUCACAC